CUCCACAUUGUUUCUCCCCCGCUCCGCCUCCCUCCGCUGCCCGCUCCUAACAAACGCACACUCCCUCUUGCUCCCGCGGCGCAGGUCGGAAGCUAAAACCCUAGAGACGCAGCUAUGACGGCGCCAGCGGACAAGGGGAAGAAGGCCAAGACCGAUGUCGACGGCGGCGAGGAGAACGAGCAGAUCGACGGCGAGCUCGUCCUCUCCAUCGAGAGGCUCCAGGAGAUCCAGGACGAGCUCGAGAAGGUUAAUGAGGAAGCAAGUGAUAAAGUUUUGGAGGUCGAACAGAAGUACAGUGAGAUCCGCAGACCUGUCUAUCUUCGAAGGUGUGACAUCAUCAAACAAAUCCCUGACUUUUGGUUGACAGCGUUUCUAAGCCAUCCUCUUCUCAGUGAGCUUUUGACUGAAGAGGAUCAAAAGAUGUUCAAGUACUUGGACUCAGUUGAUGUGGAUGAUUCUAAAGAUGUCAAGUCAGGCUACUCCAUUACUCUUAACUUCUCCGAGAAUCCGUACUUUGAAGACAGAAAGCUUACAAAGACAUAUGCCUUUGCUGAUGAUGGAACAACAGCAAUAAACGCCACUUCCAUUAAGUGGAAGGAAGGAAUGGAAAUUGCAAAUGGAAAUGCGAUUAAGAAGAAAGGAAGCAAGCGACCAUUGGUUGAAGAAAGUUUCUUCACCUGGUUUACUGAUACGGAGCACAAGAGUCUUGCUGAUGGGGUGCAAGAUGAGGUUGCAGAGAUCAUCAAAGAAGAUUUGUGGCCCAACCCGUUGAAAUAUUUCAACAAUGAGGUUGAAGAGUUCGAAGGAGAUGAUGAGGAUGAAGAGGGAUCUGAUGGCGAGGAUGGUGAAGAUGAGGAGGAUGAGGAGAACUGAGCCUUUUAGUUCGAUUUCGUGGUCCUGAUGAACCGUUGUCUGCAGUUUCUGGAGGCUGUAGCUCUGAAGGGCGAAGUCAUGUGACCCUUUGAGAUUGUUUCUCUUUUUUUUUUGGUGCUUGACUUAGCUGGAAACUUACCUGUAGGAACUGUUUAAUGUCUUAUGAAGUGCUGUCGUAUUUUCGACCUAAAGGAGACCUCUAUAUCAUAAUCUGGCUAUAUCUAUGAGGACAAUUUGACCUGCUCUU